UUUCUCCUGAAGGAUGAGAUCCCUGAAACACCUCAAACAUCACUCCAGGAACAAUGUGGAGGAGGAGAGUAGCCGCUUGUUGCGGACCUACCCCAAGAUGACAGAGGGCCACGUGGAUGUGGGCACGCAGACGGAGCCUGUGGUGGUGCUAUCUCUGGCUCAGGCUGCCGUUCUUGGCCUCAUCUCCCAGAAUGAAAUCUUUGGAGCCACUAUUGCUCCUAAUGGCUUUUACAAGGGGGAGCCCAGAGAGUGCCCCCCUCCUCCACCUGAGGCAAUGGAGUAUGAGUAUGCAGAUCAGCUAAUAGGGGCCAACGGGGACUACCUAGCUGAGCCCGCUGGGGAGCCGGAGCCUCAGCCCCACUGCAGUGAGAGAAAACGGCCUGGGCCCCGUGGGAGGACAAAGAGGCCCAGGAGUGAGGAGGGUCACCCACACAAAGUAGCAAGUCCACAGGCUCAGGUUAAAGGUGAACGGCUUGAGUCUGAUACCCCUCCUUCCUGCAUUCACAUGAACAGUAGGCGAAGUCCUGGCAAGUCAGAGGAUCCAGUCACCCAACAAGGUUCUCUAAAAGAGGAGCAGGCCUGCAGAAACUGUCUCUCAUGUGUGAGCGAUACACCCAGGUCACAAACAGAUAGACAGCCAGAACAGGAAGAAGAAGAAAACACUGGUAGAGAAAGAGAAAGGAAGGAAGAAGACUUGGUGGUGGAGGAAGAAGAAGAGGAAGAGGCACUAAACCUCAAGACAAGUGGUGACACUGGCAGUCCUCUGGAGAGCCGCUAUUAUGAGUCCAAUGAGGUGGCCUACGAGUCCGCUGACAUGGCCCUGCCAGGAGAGUAUGAGGAGAACGGCCAGGCCAUGCUGUGGUCAGACCCAGAGGGCCUUGCCAGGCGAAUGCAGAUCGACCGGCUGGACAUUAACGUACAGAUCGACGAGUCUUACUGCGUAGAUGUGGGAGAGGGUCUGAAACGCUGGAAGUGCCGCAUGUGUGAGAAGUCAUACACAUCCAAAUACAACCUUGUCACUCAUAUUCUGGGCCAUAACGGAAUUAAGCCCCAUGAAUGUCUACACUGUGGAAAGCUCUUCAAGCAGCCGAGUCACCUCCAGACUCACCUGCUCACCCACCAGGGAACCAGACCUCACAAGUGCACCGUUUGUGAGAAGGCCUUCACGCAGACCAGCCACCUGAAGCGGCACAUGCUGCAGCAUUCGGACGUCAAGCCCUACAGCUGCCGCUUCUGUGGCCGCGGCUUUGCCUACCCCAGCGAGCUGAGAACCCACGAGAACAAACAUGAGAACGGUCAGUGCCAUGUCUGCACCCAGUGUGGUCUCGAGUUCCCAACCUACGCCCACCUGAAGCGUCACCUGGCCAGCCACCAAGGCCCGACCACAUACCAGUGCACAGAGUGCCACAAGUCCUUUGCGUACCGCAGCCAGCUGCAGAACCACUUGAUGAAACACCAGAACGUGCGGCCCUACGUUUGCCCCGAAUGCGGCAUGGAGUUUGUCCAGAUCCACCACCUCCGACAACACGCUCUCACUCACAAGGGUAUGAAAGAAUUCAAGUGUGACGUCUGUGCCAGAGAGUUCACCCUGUCUGCCAACCUGAAGAGACACAUGUUGAUUCAUGCCAGUGUGAGGCCCUUCCAGUGCCACGUCUGCUUCAAGACCUUUGUCCAGAAGCAGACCCUUAAAACGCACAUGAUUGUCCACCUGCCGGUCAAGCCUUUCAAAUGCAAGGUGUGCGGAAAGUCUUUCAACAGAAUGUACAACCUCCUCGGCCACAUGCACCUCCACGCCGGCAGCAAGCCCUUCAAGUGCCCUUACUGCACCAGCAAGUUCAACCUGAAGGGCAACCUCAGCCGACACAUGAAGGUUAAACACGGCAUCAUGGACACCUCAAUAGACGGACAAGAACCACCCCAAGACACAGAUGGCCAGGAGGACUACGAAGAGGAGAGCUUUGAAUUCAGCGAGCGAGAAAACCGAGCUAACAACAACAACACACCAGACAUUGCUAAACUAUCUCAAAUGGAGUAUUACAGCACCUAUGGGAAGGGCGCAGGGCGCUUCAGCACUGCGUGAAUUAUUGAAAUGACCCAAAAUUGAAAAUAAGUUUGAACUUAUAAAAAUUGAUUGUUUUUUUUGUGUUUGCUUUUAAAGGCAUUGUGCUUGGGUUGUUCUUUGAGUGUGCAAAGAAACCCAGCAAACUGCACAUUCAUAUGCACUGGAAUCACUCGUAAUGCUACAGAAUUUGGAAAUGUACGCUUCUAACUUUAUUACAUAUUUUGCAUCUCUAAAACACUGAAUAAAUAUUAUAUUUUAGAAAAGUGGACCAUCUAAAAGUGGAGCAUUUAAGUUAAAAAAAUAUCUUUAUAAAUACAUAGAUAUUGUCAGUUGCCUAAAAACAGGAUUAUCUGA